AUGGCUGCUAUUAGACAUACUCUUCAAAGAGAAGUGUUUGAAGCAGAUUAUGAAAGAUUGUUAGCUUUUGUGCAAGUUACCAAGACUUUAAAAAAGAAAAAAACAAGCUUUCUUUGCAUUGUGGUCUCGAAGGAAUCACCAAUAACUGUCAAAAUUUAUCAAGUGAAGAAAACUGAAAAGAAUAAUUUUAAGAAAAAGCGUAAUUGGCCGAUUACCAUGAUCCAGAUGGUUGAUGGAAAGAGCACUUCAUCUGAGAACGCAGAGUUCGAUUUGCAUUUUGAUAAAGUUUAUAAAUGGUCCGCAAUCAAUGCUCAAGAAAGACAAAGUUUCAUUAUAGUUUUGUGGAAGCAAUGCUGUCAUUAUCUAAAAGAGAAGCCUGACUUCAAAAAUUUUCCUCCAGAAUGGGUGGCUGGUGAUCUGGGAAUGCCUGUAGAAAAUCAAACUAAUCUAAAUGAACAAGUUGAUCCUGGCGAAGUGGAAGAUUAUCAGGCUCUCACUGAGAAAGAAGAACAAGAUUUGAUUCAGUUAAUGGAAGAUUGUGGUUUCACUGUCAGCAAUGCUGAAGCUUUUAUGGAAACUUUAGCUAAAGAUCUUUCAAUUUUAGAUGGUGAAAACAUUCAAAGUGUAUUAGCUUCUGAGCAACGAGUUUCUUCUUUGAUGGGUCAUUUAGAUGUAUCAAUUGCAGAAGUUGAAAGAGUUGAAAAUCAACUUAAUGCUUAUGAUGAGAUAAUUUGUCACGUGCGUAAUACCAUGGAAAAAAUGGAAGAAAAAAACCGUCUUAUAGAAGUUGCUAAUAAAAACAAUCAAAAACUUCUAACAGAAUUAGAAAAAGUUAUAUUAGAGCUAGAAUUGGAUAGUAAACAUCAAGUUGCAUUGGUUGAUGCAGAUCUCACUACAGCCCACGGUUUGAAGGAUGCAAUCAAUGCUGGCAAAGCUUUACAGGCCGUUAUGAAUGCUGAAAUCCAUCCUGCUCUAAUCCAACUUUCAGCAGUUCAAGAACAGAAAAAAAGAUUUGACAAAUGGAAAAGCAAAUUUUCUCAAAUUAUAUCUAGACAUCUGAAUAAUCUGUUUAUUCAUUUGGGCAAUGAUCCUGGUGAGCAAAGUGGUACUCUUGGACGUGAAUUGAAUUUACCCAAACACUCUUCUUUACAUAAGGAGCUAAACAAUUACACGGAAUUGAUGCAUUGGAUAAAGGCAAUGGAUAGAAAAGCAUAUCAUGCAUUGACCAGAGUAUAUACAUCAGCAUUGGGUAAACUAUAUGAUCGAGACAUUAAAUAUUUUUUAGAAGAAGCAAAACGGACCAUAUCUGUCCAAACUGGUAUUAUGGGUGGAUCCAAAGAAGAUGUUAGUAACAAAAGCAAAAACCAAAAUAGUACAAGUGCAUUGUUAGGAAUUGAAAGGGAACAAUGGUCUGAAUCUGACCCAGGUGAACGAGCUAGGUUCAAUCAAAUUUUUGAAAAAGUAUUAUCUCAAUUGGAACCAGUAUGUUUAUCAGAGCAACAAUUCUGCAUUAAUUUUUUCCAGCUAGAUAUACUCAGCCCUACUACUAGAAAUACUCAGACUACUUUAGAUACAGCACCGAGGGAUUUAAAGUCAGAAGAACCACCGAUUCCUUUGCCAAAUCAUCGUGUAGAAAGACAGAUGAAUGAAGAAGUUAGGAAAAUGAUGGCUGACAUUUUUGGAUGUAUUGAACAGGAAUUAAUGACAUUCAUAUCUUAUUAUGAAAAAAUUGACAACAUAUAUUGUUUAUAUAUUUUAGUGCGUCUUACUCAACAUGUUAUGUCAGCCCAAGAUGCUGGAUCUUUUUUAAGUAAAAGUUUUGGCUCAGUUUUAGUACAAGUAAAAAGAAAUUACGAUAAAUUUAUGCAAGCACAAUUACAAUCAAUCUUAGAUUGUAGAGGUAGCAGAAAAUCCAAAUGUGGUAUCAUCCCAUUCGUUUCAAAUUUUGAGGUUUUUGCUAAAACAACUGAACAUAUUUUUAAAGAUACUGCUAGACGAGCUGAUUUAGAUAAAUGGUAUGUUCGUUUGAUAGGUGCAAUGUUUGAAUCAAUACCCGUAAUUGCAUCAGAACACCUCAAGACACCUGCUGAAGUUGUCAAAAUGGAAAAUUUUCACCAUCUUUAUGCUCUACUCUCCCAACUUAAAAUAUCUGUUCUUGAUAAUCAACGGAAAGAGGCCAAAGUGAAAUAUAAUGAAGCCCUCAGGGCAUAUGUGACUCGCUACUUUGGAAGACCUUUAGAAAAAUUAAAUUUAUUUUUUGAUGGAGUACAAGCUAAAGUUGGACAAGGUGUUAAGGAGUCAGAAAUCAGUUAUCAAAUGGCCUUUAGUAAACAAGAAUUAAGGAAAGUUAUUAAAGAGUAUCCUGCCAAAGAAGUAAAAAGGGGCUUGGACCAUUUAUACAGGAAAGUUGAAAAGCAUCUUUGUGAAGAAGAAAAUCUAUUGCAGGUUGUUUGGAGAGCUAUGCAGGAAGAAUUUAUUCAGCAGUAUAAGUACAUUGAAGACCUCAUUCAGCGAUGUUACCCAGGGGCAAUGAUCGCCCUGGAAUUUUCUAUUGAAGAUAUUUUAUCAUUUUUUUCUGAAAUUGCACGCUCUCACUAA